AUGAGCACGGUUGUGAACACCCGCACGUACUCCACCCCCAUGGACUACUCCCUCUCGCGGCACACCAACAGCGCAGGGGCGCCCCUGCCCCGCAUCCCCCGUCGAGCAUCGGCCUCACGGACACCUACGGCGUCGUCCUCGACUGCCGCCGCCAUUCACAGCAUCUUUGCGGUGGCUGCACCGUUAUACUCCCCUCCCGCGACCCCCGCCGCGUUGGUCGUCCAGCCUCCCACUCCGGAGCGUGUCGAAUCUCCCACACGGCGGAGCGGUUCAGAGGAGGGGUCCAGUUCGUCGAGCAGCUCGGAAGCGUAUGUCCAGAUGCUCAACCCGCGUGUCAAGCGCGUCCGCAGACCCAAGAUGCAGUCCCUUCGUGCACCCGCCGAUUCGACACCCACGCCAGCGGUACACAACGCCAAGAACGCGUCGGAGAGAGCUGUCGCUUUCCCUGCAUGCGAUACGGAUGAAAACGCGUUGGGGAAUGAAACACCCCGACCGUCCACCUCCUCGUCCCGCUUGGGUUUCCGGAUAGACCUUGGUACACUGAAGACACCUCUUGGCGACUCGUCUACAGCGCUUCGUUCGGACGGCAGCAACAGUCGUACGGUGUCCGCCCCUCAGGAGAGCGCAGCGAGUAUAGCACGGAAGAAAUCGGGCGAGCCACUGAAGUCGUCGCUCAAGAGUCGGCGGCCGAUCGUUCGCGGGGACCUCUCAGUCGUCACGGACAUCGCGUCGACAAAGAGCGAACCUGCAACGCCGAUGGGCUCCAAGUCCGUUCACUUCGACGCCAAGCUGGAGCACGUCAAACUGUUCCUGGCUGAGCAGAAGCCGCUCGCGAUCUCUCGCCAGGGUAGCCCGACGGACACGAGUGGAACGGAGAGCGAUUUCCCGAGCGCAAUAUACGGCAAGCGGACGGAGGACAAGACGCUUACGAUGCAAGUCGUCAACAUGCCGGCAUCGCCUCGCUUGGACGCGGACAUCGCGUUCGAACGGCUCGAGCUCUCGUCCGAGGGAACCGUGCUGAACGGCACCGUCCGCGUGCGCAAUCUUGCGUUCGAGAAGUGGGUCGCAGUUCGGUUCACCGUCGACUCGUGGCAAACGACGAGCGAGGUUACGGCGCGGUACUCGGACUCCAUCGAGGCGGGCGUGUUCGACCGGUUCUCGUUCUCGAUACGUCUGGGCGACAUGCUUGCACGGAUCGAGGAGAAGACCAUGUUCUUCGCGCUCCGCUACAACGUCGCUGGCCGCGAGAUCUGGGACAACAACGACGGACAGAACUACAAGGUCACGUUCGCUAAGGUGUCCCGGAUCAGCACUUCGACAUCCGCGGAUUCUGGCCUCGCCUCGCUCAAGAGCAAGCUCGAGAACGUCGUCAAGGGACGGGAGACCGUCGGCGGGUACGUGGCUGAAGGCCGCAAGACCCGCGCGGAGUCGUUCACCCUGGAAGCGACAACCUCCCUCUCCUCCCGGUACGACUUUGCCCAGUCGUUGAAGAGCCCGUGGACGCGUACCCCGAUCGCGACCAAGAGCGUCACGCAUGCACGCACGAGCACCUAUCCCAACUCGAUACCUCAGUUCCCCAUUCGGGCCGGUGUCAAGAAGGUGUUCGAGGAUGUACACUCCCUUACGCGCGGCUCUCCGCGCAUCCUUGACUCCGAGGACACGCCCACGCUUUCGCUCCCCGUGGAUGCGGCCCUCGAGGACACCCCAGUGGCAGCCAUGAGCCGCCGUCGCGGGCGGAAUCACCAGCGCGGCUACUUCGACUUGGGCCUUUCGCACCACUCGUCUGGCGCUGUCCGGCGGACGCCUACCAGCGCAGAUGCGCUCAGUCCGAUGUCUGUUCCGCGCUCGGUCGGCACUCAAGAGCAGGCGGCGUGGUAUGUGGAGAUGGGUGGCAGCGCGGAGUCGACGCCGUCCGUGACCACGUCCGAAUCGUCUUCGCCAUCGGGGUCACCUGUUGACGGCGCACCGUAUAACGUUCUGGGUGGAGAUGUCGGUGGGCUACGUAGUCCGGUGGAGAGUGACAGCUACAGCGUGUUUCUGAACAGGUACUGCUACUACACCGGUGGUGGAGCAGGCGACCCGUUCCUGGAUGCGCAGCCAGAGGCAAUCCACCGCUCGCACUCCGCGUCGAGCGUAGAGGAGUUCCUCUCGGCGCCGAAUCCGAACUACAUGCUCUCGCCCGGCGAGGCACCCACACGUUCCCCGAGCUACGACGAUGUCGUCUCGAUGAGCGGGAACACGACGCCCACUGCGCGCAGCAUGGGCAUGUUUGGACAGACGUCGCCGUCGAUGUUGUCCGUCGCGCAAUAG